GGUAUUUUUUUCUUCGCAGUUUUUCUGUACUGAUAUAUUUCGAAUUAGCGGUUGAUUUUCGAGGUACGAAGGUUUCAGUGGAUUGAAAGGUAUUCAGGAUGAAGGCCGUUUGCGUUUUAUCGGGAACUGGUGAUGUCAAAGGAACCGUGUACUUCAGUCAGGAUGCUGAAGGUGACUCCGUGAAAGUUAGCGGGGAAUUGACAGGCCUGGGUGCCGGUAACCACGGAUUUCACGUCCACGAAUUUGGCGACAACACCAACGGCUGCACAAGUGCCGGAGCACAUUUCAAUCCAGAAGGCAAGGAUCACGCUGGACCGGAAGACGCUGAAAGACACGUCGGUGACUUGGGGAAUGUAGUUGCAGGAUCAGACGGUGUUGCCAAGAUAGAAAUAACCGAUAAAGUCAUCUCUUUGACCGGUAAAAAUAGCAUCAUCGGACGCACCAUGGUUGUGCAUGCGGACCCUGAUGAUCUUGGUCGUGGUGGACAUGAGCUGAGCAAGACGACCGGGAAUGCUGGAGCACAUAAUUUGGCCAGCGACGUGAUGGUGGAACAAGGAGCGGUGGAUGUGAACGUUGCGUUGAAUGAAGCUGUGAUAGAAGCUCGUGAAGCUGCGAAGGAUUUCGAAAAAAUCUACUUCCGGCUCUUGGACAGCAAUCGAGCACAAAUCGACAAAAUGUACACUGCGGCUGCAUCAGUGGUGUGGAAUGGGGUUAUGUUGAAAGGCAACGAUGUCAUAAAGCAGUUCAUUCUCGAACUACCGCUUGUAAAGCAUGAUGUGACCUGUGUGGACGUUCAACCAAUGUUGCGAGCAGUUCCGGAUUGUGCGACGUUCCUGGUGAAGAUGUCCGGCUUCGUGAACCCCAACGCCUCCAAAGAUAUUUUCGUAUCUACCUUUGUUAUCACGCUUGUUGAAGAGGCGUGGAAAAUAGUGACGCAUAAUUAUCGAUACAUAGAUCAGCGAUGA